AUGGAGGACACGGCGGCUUUUUCAGCUGUGCUCCAACGCUCUGCUCCAGUAACACGACGGCGGGUUCUAGUUGUGUUAUUUGCUCUCGGUAAAUAUGCAAAAAGGGAAAAUACUGAACUUUCUCCGUCUGCCAUAAUGACGUUGCUUGAAUACGUGAUGGUGGGGAAACCUGUGCGUUUCCUUUUCGCGAGUGGCGCCGGGGGUUCUGUGCUGCGUAGCCACGACCGAGGCUUUACCUGGCGUGUUGUGUACAGAAUUCGUGACAACGUUACCGAUGUUGUGCCUACUCGAAGGCAGCCUGCGGGAACCCUUGGAGCUGUGGGGGAGACAAAAGCCUUAUCUGAGACUGGGGGAAAUAUCGCUUCAAAGGAUGAAGUCAUUCCUCCCUCGGCUGUUGAACCUGAGAACCACACAUCAUGCAUCGCCACAAUGGAUGAUAGGGUAGCUGUAUGUGGUGACAAUGGGUUUCUUGCAGUCUCUGUCGAUCGAGGAUUGUCGUUUUCCAAGCUAGCGAAAGAAGCGUUUCACCCAUUUGGCGAAGGGGGAUCAAACAACGAGAGUAACUGCUCCGACUUUAGGGGCGUGGAGUUUUUGUCUGAAUGCGCUUUGGUGUUCUUUUCAAAGAGACAUCUCUUUAGGUGCCCGCUCAACCAAAAAAGUUACAACAGCGUAGAAUUCGGUGAUAUUAGCCUCCUACAAGCGUUUUCUGACCCAAUUGGGUGUGUGAGAACGUUUUCGCGGGCUGGCCGGGGUUGUAUGCGGGAGCUGUUUGUGGCAACGAACGGGUUUGUGCACUACUCGCACGAUGGGGGGGCUGUUCUUUUGAAAAUUCCUCACAAACUAGGCGUUAUUCGCUCGAUUGAGCCUAUGGAUGUUGUUCUUAGACAUAGGGAGAUUCCCCAGCUCCCCCCUAGUUUGAUAGAUGCAAUGACGGCGCCCGCAGUUGAGCGACAUCUAAGUGCAGAGAAGGAGAAGUACUCCUACAGCGUUGUUGUCCGGGCAACGGGGGCCCAAGACAAGGGGGUUGGUGAUUCAGGGUGCGACUUCUGUGAGGGUUGGGUGGACGGCAUUUCCCUUCCACACCGCUUGGGCAGUGUCUGUUACCGUGUUCUGUUGGUUGCUGGAUGCGGGGCCAAUAUAUUACCGUACGAUUGCACCGCUUUACUCUUUGUUGCUGCCUCCUCAAACGGUCCGGACACCACUCCGGAUGUCCUGGGGUCUUUGGCUGAGCACGUGGAUUAUGUGCCGUACAUCAAGUCCGGGAUAACUGAACCCCUGUCAGUGGCCCUCACCCGUCGUCCGGGUUCUGGAGGCUGUGUGUUUGCUCGGAGCAAUAUUGCUGGUGUUAGCUUUUCGAGUGAUAUGGGUAGGUCGUGGUCCAUUCCGAAACAAGCGUACGUAGUCUCCGUCCUUGCAUCCGACGGCGGCGAAUUCGUCUGUUGUAAUAGACGAAAUGUUGUCAAUUUCCCCAACAGUGUUUGUGAGGAAGUUCAUGCUCUGCAGACUGAUUUGCGAGUGCCUUUCUUGACAGAUAUUGCGAUGAUGACUUAA